CGAGCACACACAGUCCCUGCGCAGUCCUGACAUCUCCGCUCACUGUCAAUCUGUGUGUCUCCUCACCAGGGAAUUCCCUUUCAGAUAGAGGAACGCUGGAAAACUAUAUAUUUGGAGAAGAACUAUUGGAGAUUCUUUGUUUUGCACGUCGUUUCACUACGUCGCUUUGAAGGGCUCAGGCGGUGGAGCAGAAUGCCUCAAAAAGGAAUGAUCUAAAUAGUCAGACGCAAAUGAAGGGAUAAAUUGUUUUAAGCGGACAUUCAACUCGGUUACCAGAAUACCAUAGCCAACCCACGUGGGAAUCUGGAGUGGCCUCGAUGAUGCAAAACAGUCACAGUGGCGUCAACCAGCUCGGUGGGGUCUUUGUGAACGGCAGACCGCUACCGGACUCAACCAGACAGAAGAUCGUCGAACUCGCUCACAGUGGAGCACGACCCUGCGAUAUCUCCAGGAUUUUGCAGACCCAUGAUGAUGCAAAAGUCCAACUGAACAAUAAGAACGUGUCGAAUGGCUGUGUGAGUAAGAUUCUGGGGAGAUAUUAUGAGACCGGCUCCAUCCGACCACGAGCAAUUGGAGGCAGCAAACCGAGGGUAGCAACGCCCGAAGUGGUCGGGAAAAUAGCACAGUACAAAAGGGAGUGCCCUUCUAUCUUCGCCUGGGAAAUUCGUGACAGGCUACUGUCAGAGGGCGUGUGCACCAACGAUAACAUACCGAGUGUGUCGUCGAUAAAUCGAGUCCUGCGCAACCUGGCUAGUGAAAAGCAACAGAUGGGUGCAGAUGGCAUGUAUGACAAGCUGAGAAUGCUCAACGGGCAGACAGGCACGUGGGGGACACGCCCAGGAUGGUACCCUGGUACGUCCAUGCCAGGACAACCAAAUCAAGAUGGUUGCCAGCAACAAGACAAUGGAGGCGAGAACACGAACUCCAUUAGCUCAAAUGGUGAGGACUCAGAUGAGACUCAAAUGCGUCUGCAGUUGAAAAGAAAAUUGCAAAGGAACAGAACGUCAUUCACUCAAGAGCAGAUUGAAGCACUGGAAAAAGAGUUUGAAAGAACCCACUAUCCCGAUGUUUUUGCGAGAGAAAGACUUGCAGCAAAAAUCGACCUCCCAGAAGCAAGAAUACAGGUAUGGUUUUCAAACAGAAGAGCAAAAUGGAGGAGGGAAGAGAAGCUGAGGAACCAGCGACGGCAAGCUAGCAACUCCUCCAGUCACAUUGCCAUCAGCAGCAGUUUCAACUCAAGUGUUUAUCAGACCAUCCCACAGCCCGCCACUCCCGUGUCCUUCACAACAGGGUCAAUGCUAGGCAGAUCAGACACAGCCCUGACCAACACAUAUGCUGGUCUGCCUCCCAUGCCCAGCUUCACAAUGACCAACAACCUGCCUAUGCAACCAAGCCAGACUUCUUCCUAUUCCUGCAUGCUGCCCACCAGUCCGUCAGUGAAUGGGCGAAGCUACGACACAUACACACCCCCUCAUAUGCAGGCACACAUGAACAGCCAAUCAAUGGCAACUUCUGGUACCACCUCAACAGGACUCAUCUCCCCUGGAGUAUCUGUCCCUGUCCAAGUUCCCGGAACUGAGUCAGACAUGUCUCAGUACUGGUCAAGAUUACAGUAAAGAAAAGAGUUACUUGGCUCUAUGACUUUCACACUAAGAGACACUAACAGAGAAACUGGACCUCUGAGGCAGUAUUCUACACACAUGCAUACACACACACACACACACACACACACACACAAACAAAUACGAGGCAAGGACGAGGAGACCUGGGGUCUCUCUUCACGCUGAACCAUUCUUAAAACUUGUGGCACUAGCUUUACGAGGAAAAAUGGAUGCUUAACAAAAGAGUGACAUAACGGAUUCUUGCAAAGUGGCCGGAUUUAGAAAAAGAGAAGAAAUGGAAUGGAACAAAAAAAAUCUAACCUCAGCUACAUCCACGUUUUUCAAUUUCCAUUUUUUGUUGUAUUGGUACAUUGGCAUUUAUUCAUUGGCACAUAAGUAAAGACUAUGAGAAAAAUUAAACAGCCAAAAAUAUAUGGUGAUCUUGCACCCAUUUGAAAUGGAAGAACACAAGUCAAUUUAUUAUGACUGUUUUCUUUUGACUUCAUAAAGGCCCAUAUCACACCAGUUCACCAGGGAAUCAGAAACAUACCAAGAGGAGAACACAAAUUUGUUUGCCCACUAGUUAUUUCACUUUUGGGAGUUACUGGCUAUAAGGAUGAGGUUCAAAUCUACUCACAAUGGCUUUAGUUGAUGACUGUGGUGAACAUGCACAAUAUUGUAGCUACAAUGGAACAACAGCCAUUUUAUGAAUUCCUGAGUACUGGUUAUGUAUGUGAAGGUUUGGACCAAAACCUUUGCUGGGUAGACAUGGUCUGAUUAUGAGGCUGUUUUGUGUUUGAUAAUUUAUAAUUGUAACGGAAUGGAAAGAAAGAUUUCAGUUCCAAUACGGCAGACUUUACCAUCAAAAUGACAUUCAUCCAGUUUGUUGCUAUCCAAUUGUAAGUAUUUGUUUCCCUAAAAAUCUCCAAGAAAUGUUGUGGAACAUAAAUAUAUUCUCAUUUUUAUCGCCCCGAGAAAAUUAUAUAAAUGUUUUAUACAGAUUUUCAUGCAUUGUUAAAAAAGGAAAAACAUUUAUUUAGGUCAGGUACAAGUUGUCUAUUAGGUAUAGUUGUAUUAUAGUGUCCUACAGUCAAAUAAUUUUGUGAGACUAGAAAUAUUUAAUUCCAAUAAUUGAUUAGAAAUGCUUGACGGAGUUUAAAAAAUAAAAGUGUUUGGCAGUUGUUUACAAGUGCAUAUCAGACUUUAACCAUUGUUGAUUGUAAAAACAGACCAAAGCCUUUGUACUUCAUCUAUUACACAACAAUUUUAUCUUUUGUUAUUGUUAGUCUUGUGUUGCUACAUUUUGUAAAAACAAUGUUUUACAUUCUAGUACACUGGCUUCGAGUUUAUUUGACUGUGGCUUAAUCACACAGUCCUUUAUUUAUGAUCGACAACUAUUUGUGGUUUUAAAACAUGUUUUGUUGUGUACCUGAAACAUGAACACUUGUAAUGAUUUUUGUGUCUGAGCAAUGCUUUGGAAUACGAAAGGUCUACCCUGUCUUGCAGAUAUUUCAAUUUAACUUUAUUUAAAAGCUUUCUAAAUGUAUUUUCUGAAAACUAUUAAAAAAACAUUUUGU